AUGGCUAUGGAAAUUCAGCAGUUGAGACAGAUGAUCUCAAGCGUACUCGGGGUAUUUCAACCCAUACCAGAAGAUCCAACAAGUCACAGGAUCUUAAGAUUUGCUCAUGCGAUAGCUGAUACCAAAGUUCCUAAGCGCUUCCAGACUCCUAGCAUGAAACCUUACGAUGGAACUAUGCAUCCUGAAGAGCAUGUAGCACAAUACCGAGAAAGGAUGGAGAUCAUUCCCAUACCAUUGCACUUGAAAACCUUCGAGAAGAUCACCAGUGAUCUCUAUCGGGUGGUUCAGGAUCCUAAGGAACGACUUACGGAUUUUGUUAAUAGGUUUGGCAGGGAAGCUCUGAGCAUCCCCAAAAUUAACAUGGAGACUAUUGUGGAGACCUUCAAGAUGGGUCUAAGGAAGGAUUCAACCUUCUAUGAAGAUCUCGUGAUGACUCCAUGCAAGAUAUUGGACGAAGUUAGGUGUCGAGCAUUGAGGUUCAUAAGGAUUGAAGAGGAUAAAGAAGUCCAUAUGGGGAGCAACCCUUCAAGUCAAUACGAUAAUCCCAAUAGGAAGGUCGAAUCCUCAACUCCAAGAUCCUACAAAGCGAAGCCCUAUUCCAAACCAAAUCAUCACAGGUUUAAUUCCCUCGAAGAUGAAGUAGAGGAAGAGGAACCUCCUAAGAUCACUGACUAUUGUUUUUCUGUGGAUGUUUCAAUUUUAAUCUAUGCUAUGCAGGAUCUCGGAGACAAAGCAAGAUGUCCGAAGAAGGAUAACAAGUCCACCAGGUUUAAAGACAAGUCCAAAUGGUGUGCUUACCAUGAAGAUUUCGGUCACAUAACGGAGGAUUGCAUAACCCUAAGAAAGGAGAUCAGUUACCUCCUUAGCAAAGGACAUCUUAAAGAGAUCCUCGAAAGAAAGAAAGAAAAGUCCAAGGAGAACAACUAG